UCCUCUCCUAGCACAGCCUCUACAUCACAGGAAGACCAUGAAAGCAUUUCAGAAUCCACUUCCUCCAGCAAAUUGAGGGUAACUCUGUUAAGCAGUGAAUGGAAAUCAACAAAAGGAGGCUUGUCAACUAUCAACCGAGAGCUGGCCAUUCAGUUGGCUAAACAUCCCCGCGUGGAGGUCAGUGUUUAUCUCCCUCAGUGCAGCGAGGAAGAUAAACGAGUUGCUGCAAGUCACAAUGUCCAUCUUAUUGAAGCAGAAGAAAUGCCAGGUUUAGAACCAAAUUUCUGGUUAUCUUGUCUGCCGGAAGACCAUUCUGUGGACUGUGUGAUAGGACAUGGAGCCGUUCUUGGUCGGCAAGUGCAGAUCAUAAAACGACAUCAUCAUUGCAAGUGGAUUCAGGUCGUUCAUACAGCUCCUGAAGAGCUGGGUAUGUACAAGUCCUACGCAGAUGCUAUUUCAAGAGGCGAGAAAAAGCACCAGGCUGAGGUAAAACUCUGUGAAAAAGCUGAUCAAGUUGUAGCAGUUGGUCCUAAGCUGGCUGAAGCUUUCUCAGGUUAUCUCCGUGUCUGUGGAAAGGAUCAAGAUGUUCUCAAUCUUACCCCAGGUAUCUUCUCAGAAUUUUCUGAAGUAAAGCAAGCCACUGAAGAGAGAAAAACAUUCAGUGUUUUAGUGUUUGGACGUGGUGACAAUGAAGACUUUCAGCUGAAAGGAUAUGACAUUGCUGCUCGCGCUAUUGCCGAGUUGAAAGACGAGCCACAGCCCUAUAAGCUGUUGUUUGUUGGAGCUCCAAGUGGAGAAGAGGAGAAAGUAAAAGAUUUGUUACUUAAGCAAGGCGUUGAUCGAAGUCAACUGACUGUGCGUUGUUUCAAUGAAAGCANUGUCUGCCGGAAGACCAUUCUGUGGACUGUGUGAUAGGACAUGGAGCCGUUCUUGGUCGGCAAGUGCAGAUCAUAAAACGACAUCAUCAUUGCAAGUGGAUUCAGGUCGUUCAUACAGCUCCUGAAGAGCUGGGUAUGUACAAGUCCUACGCAGAUGCUAUUUCAAGAGGCGAGAAAAAGCACCAGGCUGAGGUAAAACUCUGUGAAAAAGCUGAUCAAGUUGUAGCAGUUGGUCCUAAGCUGGCUGAAGCUUUCUCAGGUUAUCUCCGUGUCUGUGGAAAGGAUCAAGAUGUUCUCAAUCUUACCCCAGGUAUCUUCUCAGAAUUUUCUGAAGUAAAGCAAGCCACUGAAGAGAGAAAAACAUUCAGUGUUUUAGUGUUUGGACGUGGUGACAAUGAAGACUUUCAGCUGAAAGGAUAUGACAUUGCUGCUCGCGCUAUUGCCGAGUUGAAAGACGAGCCACAGCCCUAUAAGCUGUUGUUUGUUGGAGCUCCAAGUGGAGAAGAGGAGAAAGUAAAAGAUUUGUUACUUAAGCAAGGCGUUGAUCGAAGUCAACUGACUGUGCGUUGUUUCAAUGAAAGCAGAGAGCAGUUAGCCCGUUUGUUUUGUGAAGUAGAUCUUGUUAUAAUGCCAUCACGAACUGAGGGCUUUGGUCUAGCCGCCCUUGAGGCUUUAUCAGCUGGUCUUCCUGUGCUGGUCAGUGGGAACUCUGGUCUUGGCGAGGCCUUAAGGGAAGUUCUAAUUGGUUCAAAUUGUGUGGUGGAAUCAGAAGAUCCUAAAGAUUGGGCCAAUGCAAUCAAAGCUGUUCGGAAGAAAAAAAGGGAGCUGCGACUGAGAGAGGCCAAGCUUCUUCAAGGAGAGUAUGCCAAGAUGUUCAGCUGGCAGGAUCACUGUAACAAACUUGUGGAACGAAUGCUUGCCAUUUCUCAAGGUAACAGGUUUAUGUUGUUAAUUAUUGUGUACUGCUGGCAUUAG